AUGGUGAUUAAAUCCUACAUGCUGUGCUAUCCAUUUUGUGAUCUGAGACAUGCUCUUCAUGCAUCUGAGAUUCUGGGAUAUGGACUGUAUGUUUAUCCUAAUUCUUUUUUUCAAUAUGAAGGAGAAUGGAAACAAGGAAGAAAACAUGGUCAUGGUAAGCUGUUAUUUAAGGAUGGGAGUUAUUAUGAAGGCGAGUUUGUAGACGGAGAAAUUAUGGGAAAUGGAUUGCGAUACUGGGCAUCUACAGGAAACACUUAUUCAGGUCAGUUCGUUUCUGGAGAGCUCCAUGGACAUGGAGUCAUACAGUACAAAGAUGGUGGGAAAUAUGAAGGGGAGUUCUCCUAUGGAAUGAGAGCAGGACAUGGAUUACUUGUCGAUAAGGAUGGACAAACUUAUCAAGGAACCUUUCACAAUAAUAAGAAACAUGGAGGAGGGAAAAUGACCUUCAAGAAUGGUGAUAAGUAUGAAGGAGACUGGAUCCUGGACCAGCGACAGGGUCAUGGGGUACUGCACUGUGCCGAUGGAACUAUAUAUGAGGGACAGUGGAGAAAUGAUGUGUUCAAUGGACAGGGCACCGAAAUUCAUUGUUCUGGUGUCAUCUAUGAUGGACUGUGGAUCAAUGGCUACCCUGCUGCUCAAGCAAAGAAGAUAGUAAUUUUGGGCCCAGAAGUUAUUGAUGUAAUCCAAGGGUCUGCUAUCACCCUUCAUGUCCAGCUACAGAAUGAAGAAGGAGAGGUUUCUGAAUAUGAGAAUGGUCGACUUUUGGAGAUCUGGGCUGGAGUCAAAAACCAUCAAAUUCCAGCAAGUUCUUCUACCAGCUUAUUCAAGUUAAUUGAAGAAGUUGAAAGGAAGCCAGUGAAAACCCCUUUUGGAUUUGAGUGUAUUAGCUAUCCUUUGAUGGAUGCUGUGUCCGGAAGCUGGGAACUGAAAGCUGCUGUCCCUAUAUUUGGCAAAUCUGGAUUUGCACUGGCUGAUUUACCAAUCCCUAAGGGAGAUAUAGAGCCAGAAUCCAGAUCAGACACCCGGCUUGGAACGGGAGAUGCCCCUAGCAACGAGGAUGGAUUUGAAGGUGAAAGUCUCCGUCCUCCAGCCAGUCAGAGAGUGGAGCGUGGCUGUGUUGUUUUCAGAAACAUCAUGCUUGCACCUCCUCCGGCUAAUUAUCAACCAUUCAUGCUUUUGGAUGAACUAAACAAAAAAGGAGGCAAAAAGCCAAGUGGAAGGAUAUCUGCUGAGAAAGCUGAGAAGAUGACAGUCUCACAGGAGAAAAUUGUAGACAGCAGGAAUGUAGAUACAAGGACAAUUCUAUCAUUGUUCCCUGUGCUUUUUCUUCUUCUUCAUUUAAAAUGUUUAAUUCCCAACUUUCCCUUAUCUUUUCCAGGCCAGUAUGUGAUUAUGGUCCAUGAAGUGACCAUGCCCCCAUUCUUGGGCCAGACUCUCCCAACUGCUUUCAAACUCUUGAGGGUUUUGCCAGAGAAAACCAAAGUCAAGAAUAUUAAAAAGGAAACUGUGAAAGCCACCAGCACGUAAAGAAGGAACAUAAAUGUGUAAAGAGUCAGGACCUUUAUCCAGCACCCACUGAAGUCAGUGGAAGUUUUACCAUUGAGUACAAUGGGAGUUGGAUUGAGUUCUUGAGCCUUGAUCGUGCCCAUGCAGUUGGGGAUUAAGUUUGAAUAUUGUGGACCAAUCAAAACAAAGAAAUAAUUGACCACCAGAGAUCCAUUUCACACUGGUCCUAUCUGGUAACAUUUUAGAAGACAAAUAGAUAUUUCAGAUUGUAUUAUGAGAAAUAGGUAAAAGACUUUAAUCAAAUCUAUUUUUCAUCAGUACAGUAGAACCUCAAACUUAUGAACACCUCAGGAAUGGAGGUUGUUCGUAAC